AUGAUAUCAUCGGAUAUGUUACUUUGGGUAAACAGAAUAAUUCUGGCUUUGAGUAACUGCAUUCAUGUUCCCACUGCUAAUGCAUCGACAGUUACAGCGCUGCACGUCCGCUUUCCACCGGCUGAUGAGUUGAUAGUCGAAAACGCGUUGACGAAGUAUCGCACAGCGAUGGUAAAUCACAUAAAAUAUAGUUAUCCAAACCUUGAUCAUGAAGCCGUGAUGGACCGCAUUUCGGCGUUGUUUGGAGUAGUGCCUUACUUAGAGUUACUCAGUGAAAUUGACAACAUGCAUUUGACGGACUUGAUAAUGCGAAACAAUGGGAAUAUGCAAGGACGACUUACAAAUGAUAUACAUGUAAAUUCAUUGAGGAUUGACUGA